ACACCUACUGAACGGACUGCACAUCCACUGAGUGGACUGCAACUCCACAGAACAGGCUUUACAUCCACUUAGCUGACAGUAGGUCCACUGAGCUGACCACACAUACCUUGGAAAACUUUCUAAGUAGGAAGUGAUUGUCGUCUUCUUUACUGUAAAAGGAAAUUUUUCUGUCGGACUAAGUCAACAGAUGAUUGUGUGUUAAAGUUGAUCGCGCCUGCCUAUAUAGUGUUGCAAAAUGUGGAACACACUGAAAACAGUAUUGAGACUGCUUCUUUUGCAGUGUUUCUUGUCUGUGGUGCAAAGUCACGGAACUUCUUUAACUUUUGAACUACCGGAUAACGAACGAUUCUGCUUAUCUGAAACGUUUGAUGAAUCCAAAAGCUACGUAUUCCAAUACAAGGUGAUCAGAGGCGGCCAGAAUGAUGUGGACAUGACGCUGGUGUCGCCGAACGGUAAAAUCCUCUACAAGGAGCUAAAGAAAGUUCAAGACAAAUUCAGGUUUGACAGUUCCCAUGGCCAGUUCCAGUUUUGUUUCAGCAAUGAGUUCUCCACGAUUUCCCACAAAGUCAUUUUCUUCGAUCUUCGCACAGAGGAGAUGGACAACUUAGCCGUGGAAGCGGGCAAUAAGAAACCAUACGUGGACACCGCUUCCGAGAACUCGAUGAAUCAAAUCCACAGUAGUAUGAGCCAAGUCGUAGACUUCCAAAGGCAGUACAGACUGCGGGAAGCCAUGGGCAGAUUCAAGGCGGAAAUUCUGAACGGUAGGGUGAUGUGGUGGUCUCUUUUCCAAACCUUAGUUAUCUUCAUUGCCGGUGCCGGACAGGUGUUCCUUCUGAAGAAAUGUUUCACCCAAUCAUCGUCAACUUUACUUCCGACAGCGGAAGUUAUUCAUGCCAACCAGACAGCGUGAGUGUUAGAAUGGCAUUCGAGAAGUGAGUGGGUUUUCUAAUAUCAACAAAUCUCCGCUGGAAAUAUUUGGAUUAUUACGGUUGAACACUGAAGAUAUUUAGUUGUGCAUUAGUUGUGAGAUAAUUUUUAUAGUCCAUCAAUGUUUCUACAGUUUUGUGUUACUCCGUGUACAAGCGAUCAACUGCGGUGAUUUUUACUUCGGUAUACCUAAUGGUUAACAUCACAUGUCUCCACAUGUCACUGGGCAUAUUUAUUAUUGAUGAUAGAUUACUUCAUACAAGCAAACGUUUUACAUGUUUCACCAGUUACCUGUAACCAAUUGCCAACUAUCACACAGUCGUCGCUGUUUUGGUUUUUUUUUUAUCUAAGCUAUAGUUUUGUAUAUUAAUUAUAGUUUUACCGAAUUUUAUCGAUAAUUGAUUUGUGACAGGUCAUGUGCAUACCUGUGACCUAUGCAUAAGCAAAAUGUAUAAAAAUAGCAGUAAACAUAAUUACUAGACAAAAUAUCUAGAAUUUGUAUCAUAUUCACAAAUAUUUGGAUUGUUUUACUGACUGCCGUGCAGACUGAUUCAUUUAUGAACGUUAAGAAACUGCAUUUUUGCUGUAAAAGGAGAAUAGCACAAUAUAUGUGCAGUUCAAAUGUAUCAUUAAUAAUUGUAAUUAAACACUCUUUGACGUACAUACGUAUACUGUAUUCAAUAGGUUUAUGCAUGUAUUAUUGUUGCAUAUUAUGAAUAACGUGCGAAAAUUAUACCCGUGUUAGCCAUACAACAGUAUGAAUGUCCGACUAAGUGGACAAGGUUGAGGCCCGUAUUUGUAUUGAUCACUUCGGUAAUAUAAUAAUCUUUGUAUUAAAAGAAAUCGAACAGUCGUGCACCAGCUUGUCCAGUGUGUGAGCAACUAGCGGUUCAGUUUUACCUCACGUUUUCUUGCCAGG